GUGUGGGUGUGGGUGUGGGUGGGUGUGAGUGUGGGUGUGGGUGUUGGUUGGGUGGGUGUGGGCAUUCAUGAGACACACCCACACAUCCACACCCCAUACCUACACCCACACCCACCCACACCCUAAUGUUCAAUGAUCAAUUAUUUAUGGAUAGAGCCAUAAACGCUUCUUAAUCCACCGCUGACAUUACACAAUUCUCGCAUGACUUUGUAUCUUCUCUAUUCUUCAAGACUUAAGGUUGUGUCGUCAAAGAAGCUCUAGUAGAAGAUGAUUGUAUAGUAUCACUUAUUCUACUGCAUCAGAAUUUUCGAGUAGAUGAAAGGCAUAUCGUAAUUCAAGAAUGCAAUCGAUUUCUAAUCUCAGCUCUUCCCGCUGACUUCCAAGUACUCAAGGUUUUGUUUGAUAAAAGAACUCAAGGUCUCAAUAAUAAGUUGAUUCAUUGAUCUAGUACCAUAGUAGAUUUGUACUUGAUUGCCAUGUAAUAAUUUUUCGCCCAUAACUUCGAAUGAAGUAUUCUUUUGCGUGAGAAAAAAAUUUCCAUUCAAUAGCUUUCUGUUUAGAGCAUCACUAGUGACACUUUGAUGUGCGACUGAUAAAAUAACAUCAAUAAAUAGCAUCUAAUUAAGGACAAGUAUUGUUCUGCACAUGACGUACACAAUAAUUUACACACAUUUUUAUACUGAUAUCUUUUUUUUCUUCACUUCUAGCUCGUUGGCUCCUUGUUACUUCUUAUGUAAUUGAUAGUCACUGUCAAAAAGAAUAACUUGUUGGAUGCUGCACGCAGCAAAUAAUGGAUAGAAAGAUCUGCACCAAAUCUGCAUUCAUAUCUAUGAAAAUGCAUAAAGAGUGACGGUAAAUAGAAUAUACAUGUGUUGAUGAGAAUAAACUCAUGUUGUUUUAAGGUAAAUAUAGUCAACAUGAUGAUGUAUUUGCUGUGCGUCGACACGUCACAUUAAUUUCUUCUCCACAUCCAAGUUAUCGCACAGUAUGACUCUCAUUUUAAAGACUUUUACAUGAACAGAAAUAAAUACGGAAGAAAAGAACUACAUUACUAUAAAGACAGGAUUUGCGCAGAAUUUUUUUCCUUUUUUAUUAUUAUCACAUCGAUAAUGAAAGCCAGGUCUAAAUCAUGCUUCCAAGAGUUGCGACGAAGCACAGCGAUUUUUAUCAAGAAAAAACAAAAGAUGUUUCUUGCUAUCACAGGAAUAGCAAAAGAAAUGUGCACUUUAGUGAGCUAAACAUACAUUUGACGUUGGCGUUCUAUUGACAGAGAGAAAGAAAGUGGAAGAAAAAAAGUCAUUGCUCUUCAUUUGCGCACUCUUCUAAUCAUGAACGUUUUAAGAAUUCUCAUAUUUUUCACUGCUUAUUUAUUGAUUGAUACUCGUUUUUCGAUGUAUCAAUCAGAUCAAUAUGGAUUAAACCAUGCCACAAAUAUAUACUUCGAUUGUUUGUACGCUCAUCUGAUCGAUGAUUCGAAUCAGAAUCAGGAGCCUUACAUUCGCAACUCUCAUUUGAUUCCAUACUGCAGACGACCUGAUCUGAAAGAUGAUCUACAUUCAGUAACUCUGAACAACAAAGCAGCACAAAUCAUCAGCUUUGCUACAUUAUCUAAGCAAGGUAUUACCGGCGAGCAGCUACUCGCUUGGUCAGUACCAAUCGAUGUAGCUGAGCAUUAUGAAAAAAAUCAUGGCAACAUCGAUGAAGUUCUGUACAAUUGUUCAUUUCCGUGGUUCGGUCCAAUGUGUCAAUAUUACUUAGAUAAUACUACUUUGUUCUCAUUUAGUGAUAUUGUUCGAUCAAACUUUGCUAAUCGUUCUCCCACUAUGAUUAAUAUCACCACUGGUACAUGUUACUCAUUGUUGCCUAACUGUGAUCGUGGUCCAUGGCCACUAUGUUUAGAUUGGCGUGAAAUUUGCGAUCAGAAAAUCGAUUGUCUUAAUGGAGAAGAUGAAAUGUGGUGUCAAGUUUUAGAGAUAACAAAAUGUGCAGAAGAUGAAUAUCAAUGUCACUAUGGUGGUCAAUGUAUUCCAUUAGAAUUCUUACGCGAUAGUCGAGUCAGUGUCGAUUGUCUCGAUGCUAGUGACGAACCCGAAUUUUAUGUUGUACCACUAUUCCCAUCGUUUAAUUGGAACUGUAUCAAUAUUCCAACUUUUCAAUGUGAGGAACGUACUGCUCGGUAUGGUCGCUCAUUUCCUUGUGGUGAUGGAGAAUACAUCUUGAGAAAUAUUAUGCCAGCACCACGAACUUACUGCCAGAAUCAGCGUGACAAAGAAUUCACUCGUAUUCUUCUCACAUCUUUUGAUUUUAUGCCAGAUGAUGACUGCCGACAUGCAUUCUUUUGUUCCUUGCAUGCCAAUCGUAGUUUUGGUAAGUUAAAAAAGACGAGAGGUUAA